CGGGGAGGCGGGGAGGCGGGCGGUCGGCACCGCCCCGGCGGACAAAAGUCCCUUCAGUUCAGCCGGCGGCAGGGGAAGUCCCGGCUCCCAGCGCAACCUCCCUCGGUGCAGCCGAGCCGAGCCGAGCCGCGCUCCGGCCGCCCGCUCGGCCGCCGUCCCCGGCGGCCCCAUGCCCCGAUGCCCCACGGGGGCCAUGGACGAGGGGCCCGUGGACCUGCGCACCCGGCCCAAGGCCGCUCGACCCCCCGGCGCCGCGCUGCCGCUCCGCAAGCGCCCCCUGCGGGCGCCCUCCCCAGAGCCCGCCGUCCCCCGCGGCGCUGCGGGCCCCUUUGUCACCCCAGAUCCCCUACGCUGCGGCUCCGACACAACGGCGGUUCCCGCGCACCCCCACAGCCUGGCCCGGCCAGAGGCGGUCUACUACCAGGGACCUUUACUGCCCUUGUACCCCACCCCAACCAUGGGCUCCCCCUUUCCUCUGCUGAGCCUGCCUCCACCCCUGUACCCCAUGGUGUGCUCGAUGGAACACCCCCUGUCAGCCGACAUCGCCAUGGCCACCCGUGCAGAUGAGGACGGAGACACGCCACUCCACAUUGCUGUGGUGCAGGGCAAUCUGCCAGCUGUGCAUCGGUUAGUCAACCUCUUCCAGCAUGGAGGCCGGGAGCUGGAUAUCUACAACAACCUCCGGCAGACACCACUACACCUGGCUGUGAUCACGACUUUGCCAUCAGUAGUGCGGCUCUUGGUGAUGGCUGGUGCCAGCCCCAUGGCACUGGACCGCCAUGGCCAGACAGCAGCCCACCUCGCGUGUGAGCACCGCAGCCCGACCUGCCUGCGCGCCCUGCUGGACAGCGCGGCCCCCGGCACCGUGGACCUGGAGGCUCGCAAUUACGACGGACUCACUGCCCUGCACGUGGCCGUGAACACCGAGUGCCACGAAGCGGUACUGCUGUUGCUGGAGCGGGGCGCAGACAUCGAUGCGGUGGACAUUAAAAGCGGCCGCUCCCCACUCAUCCACGCCGUGGAAAACAACAGCCUAAGCAUGGUGCAACUGCUGCUGCAGCACGGCGCCAACGUGAACGCGCAGAUGUACUCCGGCAGCUCAGCUCUGCACUCAGCCUCAGGCCGCGGGCUCCUCCAGCUGGUGCGCAUGCUGGUUCGCAGCGGCGCGGACAGCGGCCUCAAGAACUGUCACAACGACACGCCACUCAUGGUGGCACGCAGCCGACGGGUCAUUGAUAUCUUGAGGGGGAAGGCCACACGGCCUGCUCUGGCAUCACAACCAGAGCCCUCCCCUGACAGGAGUGCCACGACCUCCCCUGAAAGCAGCAGCCGCCUCAGCUCCAAUGGUCUUCUGUCUGCAUCACCAUCCUCUUCGCCCUCCCAGUCUCCCCCCAAGGACCCUCCUGGAUUCCCCAUGGCCCCCCCCAAUUUCUUCCUUCCUCCCUCAUCUCCACCUGCCUUCCUGCCCUUUGCCGGGGUUCUCCGAGCCCCUGGUCGGCCGGUGCCCUCCUCCCCAGCUCCAGGAGGCAGCUGAGAGGGAUGGGGGGGCAGAUCUCAGACUAAUGAGGAGGGACCUCCCUGCCCUAUGGGGUCAAUCCUCCUGGAAACUGUGAAGACCUCACUCUGCCCCCCCCCCAGUCUUUGGAACCAAGAUUUGCACAGAGGCACAUCCAUUGUAAGCCCCGUCUUCUAAGCACAGCUAUUCCCCCAUCUCAUCCCUGGCCCAGGACUCUUACCCCUACUAUUCUCAGGCAUCAGUCUCCUACCUGGAAUUUCACCCAAAUGUUCACUUCCUUCUCCUCUUCCACAGCUGUUGGAACUGGGGAACAGCCACUCUCCUCUGCCCUCCACCCAGAUCCAUGAGGAGAGAGAGAUGGGCUGUAGUUAGGCACUGAAAAUAAUGUAAAUUAUUAGGUAUUUUGGUUAGAUUUCUUUUGUAAUAAACUAUUUUUGUACCAUA